CAUUAUGAUGCAUCAUUCUCACAGAAGAAAUUCGUGUCUAUAGCUUUUAAGGACUGAUUACAUCAUUUCCAAGCCUGAUAGUUUUGGAGUCACCAUUAGAGCUUAAGACACAUCUGCCAUCACUUCAGCCACCUGUCUUCAGACCUGACACAGUGCUGGGCAUCGACACUCCUUUGUUCUUGGAUUGUUUGCAGAAAUAUGGUUCUCACCACUGGAGCAGCUAACUUUAUAAGGAAAAAAUGAUUCCCAAUGGAUAUUUGAUGUUUGAAGAUGAAAAUUUUAUCGAGUCUUCUGUUGCCAAAUUGAAUGCCCUGAGGAAAAGUGGACAGUUCUGUGAUGUUCGACUUCAGGUCUGUGGACGUGCGAUGUUAGCACACAGAGCAGUGCUGGCUUGCUGCAGCCCCUAUUUAUUUGAAAUCUUUAAUAGUGACAGUGAUCCUCACGGAGUUUCUCAUGUCAAAUUUGAUGAUCUAAAUCCGGAAGCCGUUGAAGUCUUGUUAAACUAUGCCUACACUGCUCAGUUGAAAGCUGAUAAGGAAUUAGUAAAAGAUGUUUAUUCUGCAGCAAAAAAGCUAAAAAUGGAUCGAGUAAAGCAGGUUUGUGGUGAUUAUUUGCUGUCUAGAAUGGAUAUAACCAUCUGUAUCUCCUACCGAAAUUUGGCAAGUUGUAUGGGAGACUCCCGUUUGUUGAAUAAGUUUGAUGCUUACAUUCAGGAGCAUUUGUUACAAAUUUCAGAAGAGGAGGAGUUUCUUAAACUUCCACGACUAAAGUUGGAGGUAAUGCUGGAAGAUAAUGUUUGCUUGCCCAGCAAUGGCAAAUUAUAUACAAAGGUAUAUGCACAAAGGGUGCAGCGUAGCAUCUGGGAGAAUGGAGACAGUCUGGAAGAGCUGAUGGAAGAGUUCUCCUAAGAAAAACCGCUGUGGACAGAGAAUGAUAUUGAUUUAAUGAAGAAGCCACCACGUGAGAAUGGCCACAAGCAAAUCAGUGGCAGCUCCACUAGAUGUCUGUCUUCUCCCAGUGCUGCCACGCAAAGCCCUAAGCAUGAGUGGAAAAUCGUUGCUUCGGAAAAGACUUCAAAUAACACUUACUUGUGCCUGGCUGUGCUGGAGGUAAUAGAAAAGCCUAUGUCUCCUAUGCAGUGCGCACGAUCUGGUCUGGGGACAGCAGAGAUGAAUGGCAAACUCAUAGCUGCAGGUGGUUAUAACAGAGAGGAAUGUCUUCGGACGGUUGAAUGCUGUGAUCCACAUACAGGUCGUUGGUCCUUCCUUGCUCCUAUGAGAACACCACGAGCCCGAUUUCAGAUGGCUGUACUCAUGGGCCAGCUCUACGUGGUGGGUGGGUCUAAUGGCCACUCUGAUGACCUAAGUUGUGGAGAGAUGUAUGACCCAAACAUAGAUGACUGGACUCCUGUUCCAGAAUUAAGAACUAACUAUUGCAAUGCAGGAGUGUGUGCUCUUAAUGGAAAAUUAUAUAUCGUUGGUGGCUCUGAUCCAUAUGGCCAAAAAGGACUGAAAAAUUGUGAUGUCUUUGACCCUGUAACAAAGUUGUGGAAAAGCUGUGCUCCUCUUAACAUUCGUAGACACCAGUCUGCAGUCUGUGAGCUUGGAGGUUAUUUGUAUAUAAUCAGAGGUGCAGAGUCUUGGAAUUGUCUGAACACAGUAGAACGUUACAAUCCUGAAAAUAAUACCUGGACUUUAAUUGCAUCCAUGAAUGUGGCAAGGCGGGGAGCUGGAGUAGCUGUUCUUGAGGGAACUGUCGGUGGUGGCUUUGAUGGUUCUCAUGCCAUCAGCUGUGUGGAGAUGUAUGAUCCGGCCAGAAAUGAGUGGAAGAUGACGGGAAACAUGACUUCACUAAGGAGCAACGCUGGGAUCGCAACUGUGGGAAACACCAUUUAUGCAGUGGGAGGGUGUGAUGGCAAUGAGUUUCUGAAUACGGUGGAAGUCUACAAUCUCGAGGCAAAUGAGUGGAGCCCCUACACAGAGAUCUUCCAGUUCUAACAAACCCUCUGAAACUGACAGGCUUA